AUGAAGCAAAGAUUCUCCUCACUGGAUGUGAAAAUCAUUGCACAUGAGCUCCAGGAGCGCCUGGUGACUCUUCGGCUCUCUAAUGUAUACGACCUUUCUUCCAAAAUUCUUCUUCUCAAGUUUGCGAAACCCGACAACAAGAAGCAGCUUGUCAUCGAUACCGGAUUCCGUUGUCACCUGACGAAGUUCGCACGCACGACCGCCGCGGCUCCCUCUAUAUUCGUUGCGCGCCUCCGGAAGUUUCUCAAGACCAGACGGUUGACGGCAGUCAGACAAGUGGGCACUGAUCGAGUCCUCGAAUUUGAGUUCAGUGAUGGCCAAUAUCGCAUGUUCUUGGAGUUCUUUGCGAGCGGUAACAUCAUCCUCACAGACGCCGACCUGAAUAUCCUCGCUCUUGCGAGAACCGUGUCCGAAGGCGAAGGACAGGAGCCACAGCGAGUCGGACUGCAAUACUCUCUUGAGAACAGGCAGAACUAUGGCGGAAUUCCCCCCUUGACCAAGCAAAGAGUGCAAAAUGCCCUCAAGGCCGCUGUGGAAAAGGCGGCUGCUGAUGCGACGUCAUCAAAGAAGCAAAAGGGCAAGCCUGGUGGUGACCUGAGAAAGAGUCUGGCCGUGUCUAUCACAGAGUUGCCUCCAGUACUUGUGGAUCACUGGCUGCAUACAAAUAACUUCGAUACUACAGUCAAACCACAUGAAGUUCUGGCUAACGAAAUUUUGCUGGAUGAGCUGGUUAAGUCACUACAAGAAGCUCGUAAAAUUGUGGAAGAGCUUACGAGCUCGGAAACAUGCACUGGCUAUAUAUUUGCUAAACGCCGAGAAAGACCGGAAGGAACCGAAGUCGACGAAGAAACGAAGACCAAGCGUGAUAACCUACUAUACGACGACUUUCACCCUUUCAUCCCCUACAAAUUGAAGAACGAUCCCGCAAUCGAGGUUCUCGAGUUCGAGGGCUACAACGAGACAGUUGAUGAGUUCUUCUCGUCUUUGGAAGGUCAAAGACUCGAGUCUAAACUGACUGAACGCGAGGCAACAGCAAAACGAAAGCUGGAAGCUGCGAAGAACGAACAGAACAAACGGAUCGAGGGGCUUCAAGAAGCACAAUCCCUCAACUUUCGCAAAGCUGCCGCCAUCGAAGCGAAUGUCGAACGUGUCCAGGAAGCUAUGGAUGCCGUCAAUGGGCUACUCAAUCAAGGAAUGGAUUGGGUGGAUGUUGGAAAGCUGGUUGAACGCGAGAAAAAGCGCCACAACCCUGUUGCCGAUAUUAUCAAGCUACCCUUGAACCUUGCUGAGAACCUUAUCACGCUCGAGCUUGCCGAGGAAGAGUUUGAACCGGAAGAAGAUGACCCUUAUGAGACCGACGACGACGACGACGACGACAGCGCACUGGGCGAUGAUGAAGGCACAUCAGCUGCCAAAGGAAAGCAGACCAAUAAGGCUCUCAAUGUGGAGAUCAAUCUUGGCUUCAGCCCCUGGAGCAACGCUCGAGAGUAUUUCGAUCAGAGAAAGACGGCGGCCGUCAAGGAAGAAAAGACCCAGCAACAAGCAUCCAGGGCAUUGAAGAAUGCGGAACAAAAGAUCACCGAGGAUCUCAAAAAGGGACUGAAACAAGAAAAGGCUCUGCUCCAACCCAUUCGUAAGCAGAUGUGGUUCGAGAAGUUCACUUGGUUUAUCUCAUCCGACGGAUAUCUUGUAAUCGGAGGAAAGGAUGCUCAGCAGAACGAAACCAUCUACAAGAAAUACCUUCGAAAAGGCGACAUUUACUGUCAUGCUGACCUACAUGGAGCAUCCAGCGUCAUUAUCAAGAACAACCCUAAAACGCCAGAUGCACCUAUCCCUCCUGCAACGCUUUCCCAGGCGGGAUCACUCGCUGUGUGCUCGUCAAAUGCCUGGGAUUCUAAAGCUGGCAUGCCUGCGUGGUGGGUCAACGCUGAUCAAGUCUCCAAAUCUGCCCCAACAGGAGAGUUUCUGCAAGCUGGAAGCUUCAUGAUUCGUGGAAAGAAGAACUUUUUGCCUCCAGCCCAGCUCCUCCUUGGACUGGGUCUUGCUUUUAGAAUCAGCGAAGAGAGUAAAGCCAAGCACGUCAAGCACCGGUUGCACGAUGUCGACUCCGCAAUCGGUGACGAAGGCUCCGGUGCUCCCCAAUCAGCGGGAAUGAUGGGUGAUGCCGACGAGCCCGAUGCAGGACAUUCCGAUGUGCCCUCUGAUUAUGAAAUCGAAGACGAGAAACACGAUGAAGAGUCUCGCGAUAAUCCCCUUCAGGCAUUUAAGAAGGGCGAAGGUCGCAAUGACGAAGUCGAAGUGGCCGAUGAGGGUGUUUCUGAGCUCAAGAUCUCGGACGAGGCAACUAACGAGGCCCCUGACCAAGAGGCAGCCGAGGCCGACGAGAAUGAAGAGGAGGAGGAGGAGGAGGAGGAUCGAAACGAAGAAAAUGAAGCCGAUGAAGGUGAAGAGCCUGCUAAAUCAGAGAAGGAGACUGCCAGCAAGCCCGCAGACACAGGCACACAAAACAACACCCCAAACGCAUCCAAGAAGCACCCCCCCAAGCGAGGUCAACGAAGCAAAGCCAAGAAGAUUGCUGCAAAGUACAAGCACCAAGACGAUGAAGAUAGAACCGCUGCGGAAGCUUUGAUAGGAGCUACCGUUGGGCAAAAGAAAGCUGAAGCUGAGGCAAAGGCUAAAGCAGAUCGCGAGGCUGAACUUGCUGCAGCCAAAGAGCGGCGUCGUGCACAGCACCAGCGGCAACAAAAGGAAACGGCUGAACACGAGGAGAUUAGACGCGUCAUGAUGGAGGAAGGUGUUGAAAUGCUCGACGAAGAUGAGGCCAGUCAGAUGACAGUGCUCGAUGCUAUUGUUGGCACACCCCUUCCCGGUGAUGAGAUCCUCGAGAUCAUCCCCGUUUGCGCUCCAUGGAAUGCCCUAGGACGCUACAAGUACAAGGCCAAGUUACAGCCUGGUGCGACCAAGAAGGGCAAGGCAGUCAAGGAGGUUCUUGAGCGUUGGAAGGCGGCUUCUACUAAGAAGGGUGUUGUGGAUGAAAAUGCUCGGGACAAGGAUCGAAUGUGGCCGCGUGAGGUUGAGCUGAUCAAGGCGCUUAAACCUGAAGAGACCUACAACGUCGUGCCUGUUGGUAAGGUGAGAGUCAUGAUGGCCGGCGGAGGCGGUGGAAGCGGCGGCAAUGGCGGCAAGAAAGGUGCUGGUGGGAAGGGCAAGAGGGGAGGUAGAGGAUCCAAGAAAUAG